AUGCCAACCAUGAACGAUAGUGUCCGUUUACCACAGUCCGAGUCCCAAUGGGAGAAACAAACCAAGCAGGAAAAAAUUCCACCACCUAAUCCCGAUAACCGACACGAGAUGUCUGAAGACGACCGGAAAGCCCUCCAUGUUGGAGAACACCCGGCAGAUCUGUCCAUCCGCGAAGUGAGUGGAUGGAAUAGUGCGUCAGAGGUGAAACGAGCACAUUAUCUAACUGUCAGGAUCAUUUGGGGGUUUUAUCCUAUGCAAGAGCUGCUGGAGGAGAGACUUGAAUCAUAUAAAAUAUUAUCAGAAGUCAGCAGCUAUGUAAACGGCCAUUUGGAGAGAGAAGUCUCGGAGUUUCCUGCUUAUAUCAACGACAUCGAUACCAAGAGAGGAUUGCAACCUCCACUCGGACAGGCUACACGCCUGGGAUCAUACACAUGGAUCAGACACCAGCAAUUGGCAAUCCUUAACCGCUCAACUUCAUUGCCUGUGCCUGAACCAGGGGCAUCCUUAGGCAGGAGGUCUCUAGGACUUCCCCUGAGUAUGGGCGUUGAUAGCACGGUGGACUCUGAAGAUGAUUUCGAAAUGACCAAUGUCAGCUUUAGUGGGAGCCUCGGUGACAUGGACGAGGUCUGCGAAGUAGCUGAUUACUCCUUCGCAGAAUAUGAGGACUCACCCCGUUCCGAAACAGAGGAUCCGGUAAACAUCGCCUUGAUGGCGUUCCUGUCUACGCUGGCUAUAAAAUUCCAAAGAGCCAAACUGGACUGGGAUGUUAACAAGAAAAAGUUCAAGUUUCAGCUUGGAAAUGCGAAUAUUCGCACGAUCAAUGAUGGAUGUCUUCGCGUGAAGGACAAUGGCGAUGUUCUUGCUGUUGUAGAAGCGAAAUAUUUUCGUCUAUCUGAAAACCCAGAGGCGACGUUAAUGCAAAUGGGUCUGGAUAUAUUGGCUCACAUCCUCGACAGUUACGAGAAAGAUUACUACAUCGGGAAGAAGUUCUCCAUGUUGUCUGAGCACUACGAUCAGAUAUGGUAUACACGUGCUGAAUUCACAGAAGAGUACAUCGACUCUUCGCGUUCUUUUCGUGUACCGGGCCGUUCUCCACCUUCAAUGAUGCCAACAUGA